CAAAUCCAAAAAGAUGGAGCUCCUGGGAUCCACCAUGACAACCACGUACGCGCGGCCCAAAACCAGCCACUUCCUGCCCGCCAUCUCCACCAUGGCCUCCAGCUACCGCGGCACCCAGCUCCCCCUCACCUUCAACCCCAUCUCCCACCAGUGGCGGAGCAACAACUACCUCCGGGCCAGCAGCGCCAUCCCGUCCAUCCGGCAGGGGAGGGACGGGGACCUGGACCUGGUGCGCUCCAACACCAUGUACCACCCUUCCAACAGAGCCAUGCUGAGCACCCGCUACACGCCCGACGACUGGUACAAGUCCAAUCAGAGCAACUACCGCGAGUCCGAGUCGUCCCGGAACAGCGCGGAGCGCCUGCGGAAGGACACCUUGAGGCUGAUGCAGGACCGCGAGCAGCUAACCCGCCGCACUCAGGAGUACACCAGCAAGAACAUCGGGGAGCGCCUGAACGACAUCGUCUUCUGGAGGUCGGAGCUCAACCACGAGAUAGACAACAUGGUGACGGAGAUCGCCGCGCUCGCCGAGGUCAAGAGGAGGCUGGAGAGGGCCCUGUCCGAGACCGAGGGACCCCUGCAGGUAUCCCAAGAGUGUCUCUAUCACAGAGAGAGGCGGAUGUCCAUUGACCUGGUCCAUGAUAAUGUGGAGAAGAACCUCAUAAGGGAGGUUGAAAUCAUCAAAUCCUGUCAGGAAAGAAUGAGGAGGCAUCUGGACAGAGCCAUCGCUCAACUGGCGUCAAACCGAGCUGCCCAGCAUGAGCUGGAGAGGGAUCUGAGCGACAAGGUGUCCGCCCAGAGGAUAGACGACAGGUGUCACCAUCUGAGGAACACUUCGGAUGGGAUCAGCUACUACAGAGGAGUCGACAGACUGGACCCCUCCCUCUCCCUACCAGAGUCCUGGUCCAAGUUCACAGAUGACAACAUCCUGCAUUCCCAGAGCCAGCGAGCUGCCUCCCACAAGCUGAGGGAUGAGAUCGAGGUUCUGCUGAGCACCACGUCCAAUGACAUGUGGACCCAGUUCAACAGUGCCAACGUAGCCUUCACCAACCGCAUAUCAGAGAUCGCCGACACUAAAAACAGCCUUCAGACACACCUGGCAAAGACCCUUCAGGAGAUCUUCCAGACAGAGAUGCUGAUCGAUUCCCUGAAGAAGGCCCUGAGGGACAAGGAGAACCCGCUGAAGGUGGCCCAGACCCGGCUAGAGGAGAGGACACGCAGGCCCAACGUUGAGCUCUGUAGAGACAACCCCCAUCACAGGCUGGUGGGCGAGGUGAGGGAGAUCGAGGACACCAUCCAUAAGCUCCGGGACAGGCUGAUGGAGGCCGAGUCCACCCUACACACCCUGGUCAAGACCAAGGUGACCCUUGAGCACGACCUGUCCGUCAAGGCCAACUCCCUCUUCCUGGACCAGGACAAGUGUAUGGGCAUGCGCAAGACUUUCCCCAGCACACCCCGACUGGUGGGCUACACCUAAUGGCCUCCGGCGCCUCACAGUGACCCCCUAGGGGAGAUGGGAGACCUAGCCCUGUUGGUGACCCCACACACUGUGCUGUGUUAAGAUUGAAAAUACAUCCGCAGUCCGCAUGGAUAUCCUUAACUCAGCCGGCAUGUAACGUUGUUGAAUAUGUUGGGUGUUGGGUCACAAAUGGGGACCUUCACUGGGGAUGAAAAAUGGCUUCAGUUCAGAUAUUUGUAUGUUGAGUGAUUUAGAGGUGGUAAAUGUUUUAACUUAACAGGAUCCAAGUGAUAAAAUAACAUAUAUGGAUAACAGUGGCUAUACCUAUUUUGUUAUGGCUUUACCCACGCUUGGUAGCAAGUAAUUCUAAUGUAUGUUUACAUUUGAAAAAAAGAUUACAUUAAAGACAAUGAAAAAAGGA